AUGGCUAUGAAUUUCGUCACCUUCAAUCAGGACUAUAGCUAUUUAGCUGUCGGAAACAUCGCGAUUCUAGAAAUGCUAUUCUCAACCUCCCUUGUCGCCCUUAUCCUCUCUCCUCGACGGUUACAGAUUACAAACACCAAGAGACAAUCGACGAUAUGCGAAUUGACCUUUCCUACCACAGUUCUCGCCGUCCGUUUGAAUCGGAAGCGAUUAGUCAUUGUUCUGGAGGACCAGAUCUACCUAUAUGAUAUCCAAACAAUGAAACUUCUUUACACUAUUGAGACUUCGCCAAAUCCGAACGCCAUUUGUGCACUCUCCCCUUCCUCGGAAAACUGCUACCUUGCCUAUCCUCUUCCGCAGAAGGCUCCUCCAUCAUCAUUCACGCCGCCUUCACACGCUCCACCCAGUAGCGCGCACAUCUCACCGACUAGCGGCGAAGUUCUUAUUUUCGACACGCUAAAGCUCGAAGCGAUUAACGUCGUUGAGGCCCAUAAGUCUCCCUUGUCGUGCCUCGCAAUCAAUACGGAAGGUACCCUGUUGGCUACAGCCUCCGACAAAGGAACUAUUAUCCGGGUGUUUUCUGUCCCUGACGCGCAAAAGCUAUACCAAUUCCGAAGGGGCUCUAUGCCAUCUCGAAUAUUUAGCAUGUCUUUCAAUAUCACAUCCACUCUUCUUUGUGUUUCUUCAGCAACCGAAACAAUCCAUAUUUUCAAACUAGGCCACCAAGACCCUUCAGAAGAUCUUCCCACUUCCCCGAUUGGCACUGAUUCCCGAAAAACUAAUAGUACUCCUCGGGAAAGAGCAUUCAGUCAGGGUUCUAGCACUUUAUCAGGUGGGGACAAUUCACCUACGGACGGUGACCCCAGUGACAUCAGCUCUCGAAAGCAUAAUGGUACACUUAUGGGCAUGAUUCGCCGGACCUCACAAAACGUAGGCAAUUCGUUCGCAGCGACUGUUGGUGGUUAUUUGCCAAAGGGGGUCACAGAGAUAUGGGAGCCGGCAAGGGAUUUUGCUUGGAUCAGACUUCCCAAGACAGCGGGGUAUGGUGGCCCCGGUUCUAAUGCUGGACCCGUGCGAAGCGUAGUUGCUAUGAGCAGUAACACUCCCCAGGUCAUGGUGGUCACUAGUGAUGGUAAUUUUUAUGUGUAUAACGUUGAUUUAUCGAAAGGUGGAGAGGGUACGCUCACAAAACAAUACUCGUAA